UCGUUGAUCAUGUAACGUUAACAAUGCUGUUGAAAACUUUUUGAAGGAUUUGUUUGUCGCGCUACUUUAGGACGUAAACGCGUAACCGGAAGUUUCGAGGGUCGCGGAUUGUUACACUGUGUGUUGUAUGGUCAUAAGCGUGUUUCACUUUCUGUGACAAACACGUCAGUCUGUACUUGGCCUUAACAAGUUCGAGAGUUCUCCACAGAACAGCCGCGCUACGCAGUUCAGCACUUUUUUGUUGUUGUCCUUGCUAACGUCUAUUAUUUCGCUAGACUUAGUCUCUUGGUGCCUGGUGUCACUUGGUCCAGUUUCGAGACAAUAAUCAUUGUCUCUCUAGGUGAGAGUUACUGCAGGUGUUUCCAGGAGAGCCCGUUGAGUCUGUGCCGAGAGCCCGUAACGCGUUCAGUCUGUGCGGCACUAUGAGCGUCUCGGCCCGAGCGAGCAUCAGCCCCUUCCGCGCGCUGCUGCAGCGGCUGUCGGGGCAGGUCUCGGGGCAGGAGCUGGCGGACAUGAAGCACCUGCUGAGGGACCACGUCAGCGAGAGGAGGCGGGAGGAGGCGCGGUCGUGUCUGGACCUCUGGGAACAUCUGGAGAAAGCGGGGCUACUGACAGACGGACGGACGGACUUACUCACGGACCUGCUGGACAAACUGGACCGGCAGGACCUGGUCAGGCUGGUGGAGGAAUACCAAACCAAACGGGAAGCUGCAUUGGGAUGCGGUAAGAUCACUCCGCCCCCCACCCAGUGUGAGUCCACCCUAUCCCCCAUCUGGACCCAGUCUACUGGUACCUCAGCCCCCAUUCAGUGCCAGUCCAGCCUACCCCCAGUCCAGUGCCAGUCCAGCCUACCCCCAGUCCAGUGCCAGUCCAGCCUACACCCAGUCCAGUGUCAGUCCAGCCCACCCCCAGUCCAGUCCACCCAGCAGACUUGCGCACAUGAAGGUCAUGUCUACACACAGCCUCCUGUGCAGGAGGAAGGGAAGUCCUUCCACCAGCCCUUCAGUGUCCAGUCAGAAUCACAGACGCUCUCCUGUCAGACGCUCUUCAAUGGGUUACCCACCACAGCUGCUGCAGACGGACCAGCAGACGGACGGACAGACCAGCGCGAGUCCGUCCCAAACGUGGCUAACCAUCCCGUCGGAGACCACAGGCAGAGAGCUGUGAGAAUAAAGGAGCAGAGAGUCUCGCCUAAAGCACAGAACUACAUGGAGACGGGCGGGUACAGGGUGGGGAUUGUGGGAGGGAGGCACUAUGAGAUAGAUGGAGAGGAGUUUGUGGAGAUGGACCACGGUUCCUCCUACCGCAUCCGGCUGACCAACUCCCAUCUCAGCUCAUGCGAGGCGCAGCUCGACAUCGAUGGCAAGGACGUGGGCACGUGGCGUCUGGAGCCGGGUCAGCAGGUGGAGCUGGAGCGGCCGGAGGAGGAGCAGAUGUGCUUCACCUUCUUCAGCACGCGGCUGGCCCCGCCCGACUCCGGCAUCCGCAGGGGGGAGGAGGAGAACGGACUGGUCCAGGUCACCUUCACUCCGGAGAAGAUGAGAGAAGAGAGGACCAAGGUGAAAGAUCCGUACCGUGGAGGGGACCAGGUUGCCGGGGACGACACAUCCAGCAGCGACUCCUCCAGUGAUGAUGAGGACGAGCCGUUCCGCAGUGACACGCCCCUAAACUGGUCGUCGGGGGCAACCGCUCUGCAGGGGGUCAGCCGGCAGGAGUUUGAGCAGGUGGAGGCAGAGAUGGAGAAGGAUGAGGAGAAACGAGUCAUCAUGAUCUUACGUCUCGUAGCGAGAACUGAUGCCCCGACGGUACAAGUCUCCAGCGCUCCAGUCAAACCACUGAUGUCCAAGCGGCCGAGGGCGAUCCCAGACUAGCGGCAACUGGCAACAUGGCCCAGCAACAUGGGAUUAGACAGAAGAGCUUGUUUGUCUGAACCUUUGUUUAUUCAUGUGGACAGUGUGACUGAACUGAAAGGGGUCAUAUAAACGUAAGGAUGGGAGGGUGUGUGUGUGUGGGAAUGGAUCCAGGAAAUGCUUCUGGGUAAAACUGAAGCAAGAGUUUUGCCAGGGUAACUUUUGAAGGGCGUGGAUCACCUUGUAUACAUCUUUCUCACGCGGCGGCCAUGAUAGAUCAAAGACGAGGUCAAUGAGGAAAACAUACAAAACUUAUUUCUAAAACCAGGUCCCAUUUAGUUUUCCCCCCAACCACACAAAUUUUCACAAUAUAACAAAUAAUAAAUAUCAUAACUAGUGUUAUGCGUCGAAAGAUGUUACAGCAAUUCAGACCAGCGUAGACUGAUUUCUUAAGAGAUGCAAAAUAAAAACAUAAUAAUGCAUUUAUUUGACGGACAUUCUCCUAUUGGUUGAUUUUCUGAUUGUAUUGCUGUCAUUGGUUGAACUGCUAAUUAUGAUGGACAAUCUUUUGUUUGCCUCAUUGAACUCAUAUUAGAUCUAUCAUGGCUGCCCCAUGAAAAAGUUGUAUAGGCAUGACAUGAAUAUGGUGGGAUCAAGUGGGAUCAAGGCUUGUAGAGCUGAGGGGGAAAAGCCAGUCACCAAUAUUAAGUGUUUAAGUAAGUCAUAAUUAUAUUUGGUUGUCUCCUAAGUGCAUAACUUCCAGGGACAAGUUGAACAGCUGUAUAUACAUAUAAUAUUAUGUGCUGCUGAAUCUUUUCUUUCAGUAGUUUGAUAGUUUUGUUCAUUGGAAAUCUCUUCUUUCCACUCGUUGCAGGAAAGAUUGAGUGAGAUGUUUUUAAGACCAACUUGGACCAAGGUUUAUGGAUUUACCUGUAUUUAAGAAAACCCAACUCUGCUCGUCAUUAUGUAUCAUUAUCUUACUGAGGUAGUUUAACACUUACUGCAUUCUACACAUUAUAUUCAUAUCAUAUUAUGUCACUAUACAAAUGUCACAACAUACUAAAAUUUAGGAAUACUAGGAAUGUACUGGGAUCAUUGGGCAGAAAAAAAUGGUGGUGGGGUGGGGGGUUGGUGGUACUUAAAUAAGCACGGUUGCGUCGUUUUUGCUAUCUUGAUUUGUGCCAAAGUUUGUGAGAUCCUUUUUUCCUUGGACUCAUGUUUGAAUUUGCCCUCUGGAACUUUUAUUAGAAACUUGUACAUGUUUUAUCAGUAUUAUUUUUCACGUGCUGAUUGCUGGUCCAUCUUACAUCUAUGUGGUAGUAAUCACAGUACAUGCAUGGACUUUAGUUUUAUCCAAUUAUGAAUUAUGCAAUUAUGAAUAAA